AGAGGGGACCUGGCCGCGGAGGAGGCGGCGGUACCUUGGACAGAGCCGCCGCGACUCGCAGAGCCCGCCCGGCAGCCGCCCGGAGCGCCCCGACGAGCAGAACUGAGGCAUCAGGCUCCAUAAGUGCCCCCAAGUGACUUCAAUUUCUGUCCUCAACGAAAGAUACCCAAAGAAAUGCAGGGAUGCCUGACCUAGAAAAAAACAUGCAGAAGAACGAGAAAGAUACAUCCAGUAAAGAUGAAAGAGAAGUGCCAAAACUUCCAGUUCCACCACUGCAACAGACCCUACACAUGUACCUACAGUGCAUGAAACACUUGGUGCCAGAGGAGCAAUUCAAAAAGACCAAGGCCAUCGUGGAGAAAUUUGGAAUUCCAGGAGGCCUGGGGGAAUCCUUGCAGCAAAUGCUCGAGGAAAGAAGUGAAAAGACAGCAAACUGGGUGUUUAACUACUGGCUGGAUGACAUGUACCUCAACAACCGCCUGGCCCUUCCCGUCAAUUCCAGCCCUGCCAUUAUCUUUGCUCCUCAGGGUUUCAAGGACGUGAAUGACCAGCUGAGGUUUGCUGCCAAUCUCAUUUCAGGAGUGCAAGACUACAAAGCUUUACUGGACACCCAUGCUUUACCUGCUGAUUUUUCUCGUGGGCAGCUGUCUGGCCAUCCUCUCUGCAUGAAGCAGUACUACGGGCUCUUUUCUUCCUAUCGCCUCCCAGGACGCACCAAAGACACCCUCGUGGCCCAGAAAAGCAACGUAAUGCCAGAACCAGAGCACAUCAUUGUUGCUUGUAACAAUCAGUUUUUUGUUUUGGAUGUUGUCAUUAAUUUCCGUCGUCUCAGUGAGGGAGAUCUUUUCACUCAGUUACAAAAGAUAGCAAAGAUGGCAGAGAAUGAAGAGGAGAUGCUGCCUCCAAUUGGCCUGCUGACAACAGAAGGAAGAACAGAGUGGGCAGAGGCCAGGAUGAUCCUUAUGAAAGACUCCACCAACCGCGACUCCCUGGACAUGAUAGAGCGGUGCGUGUGCCUGGUGUGCCUGGACAGCCCCAGCAGGCUGGAGCUCAGCCCCACCAACAGGGCCCUGCAGAUGCUGCACGGGGGAGGCUGCUGCAGGAGCGGGGCCAACCGCUGGUACGACAAACCCAUGCAGUUUGUGGUGGGAAGAGACGGACUCUGCGGGGCCGUGUGUGAACACUCUCCCUUCGAUGGCAUCGUGAUGGUGCAGUGCACUGAGUACCUGCUCAGGCACAUGAAAGAAAGUUCCAAGAAAUUAGUGCGAGCUGACUCGGUGAGCGAGCUUCCUGCUCCACGGAGACUAAGGUGGAAGUGCUCCCCUGACAUUCAGACACAUUUGGCAUCAGCAGCAGAAAAGCUCCAAAGGACAGUGGAGAAUCUGGAUUUUAUUGCCUACAAAUUUGAGCACUAUGGAAAGGAAUUUAUUAAGAAACAAAAGAUCAGCCCAGAUGCCUACAUUCAAGUAGCACUUCAGCUGGCAUUCUACAGGUGCCACGGGAGGCUGGUCCCAACCUACGAGAGCGCUUCCCUGCGCCGCUUCGAUGAGGGCAGGGUUGACAACAUUAGGUCUGCUACCUCUGAAGCAUUUGCUUUUGUCAAAGCAAUGGCAGGUGACAAGACAGCUGUGUCGGAUUCUGAGAAGAUACAGAAAUUUAAGGAUGCAAUUGCAGCUCAGACUAAUUACUCUGUUCUGGCUGUUACUGGGAUGGCAAUAGACAAUCACCUGCUAGGGCUCAGGGAGGUGGCACGGGAGCACUGCAAGGAGCUGCCAGAGAUAUUCACAGAUGAGACUUAUCUGACAAGCAAUCGAUUCAUCCUCUCAACCAGCCAGGUUCCUACUACUAUGGAAAUGUUCUGCUGCUAUGGGCCUGUGGUGCCCAAUGGAUAUGGGGCAUGCUACAACCCUCAGCCAGAGCACAUAUUGUUCUGCAUCUCAAGCUUUAAAGAAUGUGAGGAAACCUCCUCAGGCAUGCUAGCAAAAGCUGUGGAAGAAAGCCUCCUAGCAAUGAGAGAUCUGUGCAACAAAUGCAGUUCUGCUGCAGCAAAGGCACCUGCUAAACAAGGUGCAGCCACACAGCUGCAGUGACCACCAGCUCUAGGAGGCUGUGGGGAUUGUUCUCCUGAAUCCACCUCAUGAGCAACAUGAGCUGUGCAAAGGCAAGAUAGUACUAGUAAUAGAAUAGUGUAGAACCAAAGUGUCAUUUGUUUCUCAUUGUUGCCAACAUUUACAACUCUGUGUACUAAAUCUAUCAUCUCUUGCUUACGGGUCAGCAAAAAAAGAUUUGGUGCCACUGGCUGGAAUGAAGGAGGAUGUCAUAAAAGUAUGUGUUGUACCAUAAUUACCUGACCAUAAUUAUCUUGUGCCACUGUAUCACCUAAAAAAUUGAGUAAGUUUGUAUAUAACAUAAAUUAAAUACUAAGGCACACCAAUUAAUGAAUAUCUCCUUCAAGUAGUUCUAAAAUAUUCAAGAUUUGCAUGU